AUGACGGUCAAUGCAUUGCGCAAAAUCCAACUCACCCACCUCGCCUAUGUUUACUACAGGCACAAGGACGCAGUCACCGCUCGAAAAUUCAUCGAGGACUUUGGCUUCUUCGAGGAGAAGCAGGCUGGAAAGCGCACCUACUACCGUGGCUACGGAACCGAGCCCUUUGUUGUGUGCAUAGAGGAGGCCGACGAAGCUUGCUGGGGUGGCGCUGCAUUUGCAGUAGCGACUGCCGAAGAUCUCGAGUAUGCGGCCGCCACACUGCCGGCUAAGUGCCGGCCCACGGCCGUAUACGAAUUGACCGACGCACCUGGUGGCGGCCGUGGCGUCACUUUCUACGACCCCAUUGAUGGCUUCCCCUUCCACCUGGUGUACGGCCAGCAGAGAGUGGAGGCGCGUGAUCCCAUGUUCCCAGUGAUCAAAGUUAAUUAUCCUGUUGAGAAGAAUCGACCAGUGAACCGAUUCCAGCGUUUUGAGAAGCGCCCGGCACCUGUACACAAAUUGGGCCACUUUGGUAUGUGCGUGACCGACUUCGUGCGCUGCUACGACUUCUAUUCGACACACUUCAACUUCUUUCCCAGCGAGCUGGUACACGACAGUGCUGGUGUCAACAAGACGGUCUUUUUUCGGCUCGACCGUGGCGAGCAGCAAGUGGACCACCACGUCUUUUUCCUAUACGAAGGUCCCAAGUGCCACGUGCACCAUACAUCCUACGAGACACAUGACUUCGACACGCAGAUACUUGGCCAUGACUGGUUGCGGGACAAGGGCUACAGGAACUGCUGGGGCGUGGGCCGUCACGUCAUGGGUAGUCAGAUUUUUGACUACUGGUUCGACCCGUCUGGUUUUAUCUUGGAGCACUAUGUUGACGGUGACCUGCUCAACAUGAGCGAGCCGACGCACCACACGCUAGAAAAAGACGCCCAUCUGCACGUCUGGGGCCCCGAGGUCCCAUCGACAUUUAUGGACUAA